GUCCAAGGGGGAAGAAAGGAGAGUCUGGAACAGGAGGCAAAAUGGGGACAUUGGGAAAGAGGGGGUUCACUGGGUCUCCAGGAGGUAAAGGCAGAUCUGGGCCUGUUGGUGCCCCUGGAGAGAAAGGUGGUAAAGGAAUAGAAGGGCCAAAGGGAUCGCAUGGCAGCCCAGGAAAGAGGGGAGGCAGGGGAGUUAGAGGCAAACCAGGAGAAGAAGGCCCAUUGGGACCAGAUGGACCAGUUGGAAGAUCUGGAAAGCCAGGACUUGCUGGUUUGGAUGGAUUGCUGGGGGUUGAAGGAAAUGAAGGAGAUAAUGGUGAUAUUGGUUACAGAGGAACCCCUGGGAGGCCUGGUCUACCAGGGAAGAUGGGUCAAAGUGGACAACCUGGAUUGAGUGGUGGUCACGGAGCACCAGGGUCAAAGGGUAAUCUUGGAUCAAAAGGAAAACGAGGACCUGCAGGGCCAAUGGGGCCAAGGGGUAUGCCAGGGUUUGGAGGAGCAAAGGGGAAGUUUGGCCAGCAUGGAUCAAAGGGUCAGGCAGGCGGCAGAGGCCUGCAGGGACAUAUUGGACCACGAGGAAUCAAAGGGAAUCCAGGACUGCCGGGGAAUAACGGGCGGCUAGGCCCAAAAGGCAUACAGGGAGACAUUGGUCCUCGUGGUCCACCUGGGAAAAAGGGCUUCCCUGGUCUACCUGGUCUCUUUGGAAAUAGGGGAAUGAAGGGGAUACAAGGAAUGCCUGGAGUUAAGGGACUGAAAGGAGUGCGUGGACAACCAGGAAAACCAGGUCCUCCUGGUCGUCCAGGAAACAGGCGACCUGGAGCCCUUGGUAAAAGAAGAGGAUCCAAAAAACAAACACGGGCCAUGACCAGGAGAACGCUUACCUCACUGCCUGACCAGAACCCAAGCAGCUCCAUCAGCUGGCCUCAAGGCAGCAAAGACAGCCCUGCAACCACCUGCCACGAGCUGGGGCUGAUUCGUCCACACCUGCAGGAUGGAUACUUCUACAUGGACCCUAACCAGGGCUGCCCAUUUGAUGCCGUGCAAGUCUUCUGUAACUUCACUGCAGGAGGGAUGACCUGUAUACCUCCUGUCCAGUCACAGAUAAUAGGAAAAUGGGAACCAGAAAAAAACAUGUCAAAAAAGUAUAUCCAGUGGUUUAGCCAGCUUGAUGGUGGCUAUAAGUCGGAGUAUGCUGGUCUUGAUGUGGUCCAGCUCCGAUUUCUACGGUUACACAGCCACUCUGCCUCUCAGCACCUGACCAUCGCCUGCCCGUUUAACCACAAUAGUAGAGAAAUCAGGAAAAAUGCAACAAGCAGGGUUCUUCACUUUCUGGGUGACUCUGGUGGGGAGAUUGGUUCAAGCUAUAUGACAGUAUCGAAGAAUGGUUGUGAAGUGGAGGUGGAGGUACGAGUGAGGGGAAGCACAGAGAUCCACAGAGGGGACAUGGAGCUGCUGCCCCUCAGGGAUGUCCGUAUGGAGGGAAGGGGAGACCACUGGGACACAGACCUCAGAGCUGUCCUGGGACCUUUGUGCUUUUUGUAGCCUCAGCUUAUCCAUAGAGAAGCAGCACGCUCUGACCAGUGUAUGGGUCAAGAACAUUUGGGUGCAAUUCCUCUUCAGGACAAAAGAAAGAGAUAUCAUCAUGUUGUGUGAUCGCUGUAGCAUUUGUGUAAUUGUGAUAAAAACUAGUGCUAUAUAAUAAAAUGUAGUUUUAGAGUUAUUUGUUAAUCUUAUCAUGUGUCUUUUAUAAAGAAAAAUAUAAAGCUGUUGUGUUUAUCUCCCGCAUUUCUAUUUUUUUGAAUGAUUGAUUUUUCUUAGUGAUGUACUGUGUAUAUAUAUGCUUCAGAUUAGAUUCAUGUGGAUGUUGUAUUUAAUUGUUAAGCUUUUGUAAGUAUGUCUUUGCUAUUAUUUGAUGUCUUGUUUUUUAUUCCUGUCGACUAAUACCUGAAGUCUUGAUGAACACCGAUAUCUGGAUGGUCUAAACUUCAAAUUGUUAUAAAUUGAAAUGUUACUUCAGUUUACAUUACAAUAACUUGAGCACACAUUUUAUGGUUUAUACCUCAAAUGCAGUAAACAGUAGUACACCCUGUUGUCACAAAUGGAAUUAACCGAAAUAUGUGCAAUGAAUUAUAUAAAUGGUUUUCGUAAGAUGAUGGAAAACUGUUGUAGUAGGCUGCUGUAUUUAUUACAGAACAUAAUUUGCAGGACAAUAAACCCAUGCUGGGUAAAACUGUUGUUCAUACAGACAGUGUGCAGUAGGUUACACAUUCAUACAUUGAGGACUUAUGUGUAGGAAUGUGUUCUCUCUUGUGGUGUCACUUCCCCAUUACUCAUCCUCUCCUACCAUGCUUUUUGACCAGGGGUACUCAACUUCUAUUUGAGAAGGUCCGGUCACACACAUCGGUCACACACAUUUCCUAGGCUGCAGUUUUUAAACUAAUUUCCUGCAAUUCUACACAUUAUGCCUCCUGUGUUCAUAUGAUACCUGAGUGAGUCAACAAAAUCAAUGUGGUCCCCCUGGGGGUCAAGGACCCCAUGGGCACAAUCUGGCCAUGAUAACUACAAGGUUUAAAUAGCUGAUUAGCCUAAUUUACCUAACAUGGGCUAGUAGUUGAUCAACUGGACAUUUCUGACAGGUUAUAUACUGUAGUUUACAAAGACUGUUGUUUAACAUUCUGUUAUCAAUGUUCUCUCUCACCAUUCUCCAUGGUCAACAUAACUUCGGUGACAUUUUGCCUAAAGCUAUGGAGGACAGUAUCAGUGUGUCUUCUGACUGAGGUUUCUUACAUGGACAGCUUGGCACAGAAAAUAAAAUGUAAUUUCCCAAAUUGCUCGAAAGCCAUGUAGACAGAUUUAAUUCACCAUGCUAUAGCACAUGUUCACCAUUAUACCAGCGUGGUCUCAUAGAUUAAACGUAAUAUAGUAAACGUAAAUCCAGGAAACUGACAACAGUAUUAUAUGUUACAUUUGGUAUGGUUACAUGAGACAGAAGCUUACAUAAGGCAAAAAUGAUAGAUACAAAGCAAACGUCUAAAUCAAAUCAAAUGUAUUUAUAUAGCCCUUCGUACAUCAGCUGAUAUCUCAAAGUGUUGUACAGAAACCCAGCCUAAAACCCCAAACAGCAAACAAU